CCACCGAGCUCAUGGCGGAAGACACACUGCUGGUGUAGACGCCAGUUGGUUGUAGUCGACACGAAGGUUCGCACUUGUGCUCUGUGCUGCGCUUCGAUAUUUUUAUAAUUUUCGUUAGUUUAUGAAGCGGAGGAGCAACGAUAACUCGACCGAUAAAUUUAUACACAGUAGAUACGUCGCGUGAACAAAGUACCAUUGAAUACAAUAGCUCGAGUCGAGAGAUAUUCGAGCUAUUUUGCUGCCUUACGUCUAGCUGUCAAACGCGAGGUUUAUUUUCGCGUCUAUUCUCGGCGUUCUAAGACACGAUUAUACCCAACCGAUUCGAAUCAUGCAAAUCUAAGGGUACGAAACUAGUGCGCGUUCCGGUUCCACGGCGAACGGAGUAACGUUGACAAGUUCUGUUGUUACCGUUCUUUCGAGUAUCAAGUUUUUUCAAAUAAAUAGGAGUAAGGUGUGUCUACGUGCACGUUGAAGUUCCGCGAAAGAUGUAAUAAAAAUUGUGCUUUCACGGGGGUGGAUGAUUCGACUUCAGUAGCGGUUAUUUGUUCUCUUCCCGACAUCCGAUCGUCAACAACCGGUCAACAUGGGUCCCUCGUUGUUGUUGAGAUUUGCCAUCUGUUUCGCCGUUCUUCGACAAGGCGCGGGUAACUUCAACCUUUUCCUCAGUCAAGCGGAGGUUCGAAAACUCAUGGGACUACAAGCAGAAUUAUUUUACGUACGAAGUGGCGUAAUCAACGAAUACGCCAUGGCAUUCGUCGUCCCGGUUCCCGCCCAAGUUCACAAGCUCCACUUCACAUGGGAAAGUCUAGCUGGUAGGCCGCUGCCUUACACGAUGUCUGUGGACAUAAGCAACCCCUCGGCGUUGAGCAGUUCCUUAAACGUUUCUCAAGCCGGUGAAAUUCCAAUCGGGGGUGUUCAGACUUGGGCGUUGGCUCUGCACUGUGGCCCAUACGACGCAGAAGUCGAUCUUGCCCUCCGCAUAAACGUAUCGCGUUCUCGUUAUAAUACGACCAGCAUAGUCUUGCGUCGCAAUAAAAUAUGCUUGAAGGACAACGGCUAUCCUGGACCAGAAGAAGUCCUGGUAGCUGCUCCUGGAUCGAGUUCUGGUGGACAGGUAUUCUACGCGGCGAUCGGAUGCGCCUGUGCGUUUAUCGCCGCGAUUUGCGUACUCGUUAUCGCCUAUUACGUCCGAGAUAAGAAGACUCGAAGGCACAGAGACCCUCUCCAAGAGUCACGGGGUCUCAGUUCCGCUUGCAGCGUAGAACGAGGAGCCGGCGUUGGUCCAGCUCAGACAUUUUUACCCCCGGAAACACCGCCGCCUUUGUCAGCAGCUUCUACCUCCAGUUACAGAAGAUUAGACGACAGACCCAGUCGGGAACUGCACGAGAGAAUUCAGGAGAUCACCGUGCAAAGGUGUAGAGUGCGACUUCUUAGCAUUGAACUAGAAGGCACGUUCGGUCGAGUUUACCGAGGAAGCUAUCACGAGGAGGGUGCCCAAGCACCGAGAGACGUUCUCGUCAAGACGGCCGCUGAACACGCGUCUCAAGCACAGGUCGCUCUGCUGCUUCGAGAAGGUUUGGCGCUCUACGGUUUGAGUCAUUCAGCUCUGCUACCGGUCUUGGGCGUCUCCAUCGAGGAUAGAGGAGCACCGUUUUUGCUCUAUCCGCACACCGGUUACAGAAAUAUGAAACGUUUCUUAGUCAGGUGCAAAUUGAGUAGCGAAGGACCUCCCAGAGCACUGACCACACAGGGUGUAGUCGAAAUGGCACUACAGGCUGCUAAAGGUGCUCAAUAUCUGCACAAGAAACGACUGGUGCACAGAGAUCUAGCCGCGAGGAAUUGUGUUGUGGACGAUGAACUGAGAGUCCAGAUAACGGACAAUGCAUUGGCGAGGGAUCUCUUCCCACAGGAUUAUCAUUGCCUGGGGGAUAACGAGAACCGUCCGAUCAAAUGGCUGGCAAUAGAGAGUCUCACCAAUAAGACGUUCACCACCGCUUCGGAUGUGUGGGCCUUCGGAGUUUUGCUGUGGGAAUUGACGACGCUGGCCCAACAGCCUUACGUUGAAGUAGAUCCAUUCGAAAUGGCAGCAUACCUGAGGGAUGGCUAUAGAUUGGCACAGCCGAUAAACUGCCCCGACGAACUCUUUGCGGUGAUGGCUUACUGCUGGGCGAUGUCUGCCGAUGAAAGACCAACUUUCAGCCAACUUAUCGUAUGUCUGCAGGAGUUUCACACCCAGCUAACUAGAUACGUAUAAACUGCCUGUCCAUUAAGACAAUAAUAUAUUUAAAAGAAAUGAAACGUACAAAUUUAUAUUCGAUUCUCAUAAUUCUUAUGUAACUAUAUAUAAUACGUAUGUCUGUAAAUAUUUGUCCAACGAUUAGUGUAUGUUGUCCUGUUUCCAUCCACGUUUUUUAACGAGCUUUGAUCUUCUUCGAAAAAGAAGAAAUCCAGAUCUGAAUCUUUGUACGUAAUUUACUGAAGAUAUUAUCGAAUAAGCUGAAAAAAAAAAUAACGUGAAAAACUCACUGCCAAUAUCAGCGACGGAUCGAAAUACAUCACGUUUACUUCGUUAUAAUGAAAGAAAAUUUCUCUAUAUUUUCUUCAAUCGAGUGAGAGAAGUUGGUAUCUGAUACGUCGUACCUACUGCCGCACACCGCUCCGACCAUUAAAAAUGAAAAAUAAUAAUAAUUUCGUUAUACGACGCUGAAUGUGCCAAUUUUUGUACUUUUGUAUAUAAUUGAAAUACCAUAAGAAUCUCUGUACAUAAAAAAUAUAUAUUAUAUUAAUUUUACGUGUGAACAAAUUAUAAAAUACAUCUUAGUGAUCGCGAAAUCGCGAUGGUCUAAGCUUGUUUCAAUGUAA